UUCGUUAUGUUUCCACACGGACAUGAAUCAGUCGCAGACAUGUGAAGACUUUCUGAUGUUUUUAUAAUCUUUCUUUAACUGUCUGUGAUUUUAAUUUUCCAACAAUAUAACGUUAACUCAAUAGCUGUGGUGUUGUUAACUCAGCUUGUCCCUGUUUGUUUGUUAGGGUGUGUGUGCUUUAGCGGAAGUACAUUGUUUCGAGUUUGCAGAAUAGCUCAAACGCUUUGACAUAUCAUUAAUAAUGUCUAAAUCUGCGGUUCCUCUCCGAAUUCUCUGUAUUCAUGGUUAUCGACAGAAUGCAAACUCUUUUAGAGAGAAGACUGGGGCUUUACGUAAACUAUUGAAGAAACUAGUGGAGCUGGUGUAUAUUAGUGCACCACACGAAGUUCCUGCUAUUCAAAACGAAACCAAUCAGGAGCCAGAGAAGACUGCCAGCGGUGGUGAAGAAGACCAGAGGGGCUGGUGGUUCUCUGAUGUCCAGGCACGAGGUUUUAAUGCUAAGCAGGAGUGUGAGAGCAGCCUGGGUCUGGAGGAGAGUAUAGAGGCUGUGAAAACUGCAGUGAAGGAUCUCGGCCCUUUCGAUGGCAUCCUGGGCUUUAGUCAAGGCGCCGCCCUGGUGGCCAUGCUGUGUGCCCUGCAAGAACAGAAUCUACAGCCUGAUUUCAACUUCCGCUUUGCCAUUGUCGUGGCAGGAUUCCGCAGUGCCUGUUCCCAGCAUCAGCGCUUCUACAAAGGCCCGGCGCUAACAAUCCCCUCUCUUCAUGUGUUUGGACAGGAUGACCGUGUAAUUCCCGAGGAGAUGAGCCGAAAUCUGCUGCCAGCGUUUGAUGGAGCUCAAAUCCUCCUUCAUCCUGGUGGACACUUUGUUCCGGCGAAAUCCUCACACAGGCAGACGUACCAAGACUUCCUUAUGAAGUUUCAGUGAGAGGAUAAAAGCAUAUGUGAGGGUUCCUGGAAUAAAUCAGGUCUACAUAAAGUGAAUUAUGGCUACAUUAUAAAACAGCCCUGCUCAAGGUCAGGUUUAUUUAUAUACCCUUAAAAGCAACAUGAGUGCUGCACGUUAAAUGACACAUCACUCUACAAUAGAAAGCAUUAAGAAAUGUACAAUUUAGAAUAAUUUUAACUACAAUUAUAAAAGAAAAACAAGCAUAAAACAUAAUGUACUUAUAAAGACGUAAUCAAGUUACGCAUAAGCCAGAGAAAAUAGUUAUUUUGGAAAUUAAAAGAUGGAAAUGAAAGGUUAAUAAAAGAAUGUUUUGCACUGUUCUCAGGGAAAUGGUUACUUGAAUAAAGACUCAAAAGUA